AUGUGUACGUAUAAGCGGUUGGACGGCGUUUCUGCAGGUGCUACUGCAUCUGGCGGAAGCAGCCAAGAUGGUACUGAGACCAGUACCGACCGGCAGCGCGUGGGCAUCUCCAUCGACUUCCUCCUUAAUUUCACGAAUCCUUCGGGUUACCGCCCGUCCGCUGCUAUCGCCGCUGAGGCUGCUGAGCUCGAUGAUGCAGAUGGCGAGGCGCACGUACAACCACACGAUGCAGAUCAAGAUAUGACGCACGACCAGUCGUUCUUUGAGUUCGCAGAUUUACCUUCUGUCUUCUUCAGCUUUCCGUUCGUGGUAUCUGGACGAGAAGUCGACUACGCGUCUCCGAUCAUAAGCGAUGGUCUGACACCUGAACUGGAAGAUGCGUACGCUUUCGAAGUACGCGUGAGGGAGAUGCUACAGCAGCUGUCUGCCAAGCACAGCUCGAUGCUGGAACGUGGUGAUGCAGUUGAUGCAACAUUCGACUAUCAAUUGGCCGAAGCCGUCUUUACAGUCGGCAAUGUGCGGCACUUUGUUUGGGCUUUCUUCCGCUACUUUCACUACUCGUUUCCUAUUCUGCAUAAGCCGACGUUCGAUAUACAGACGGUGUCUUUCCCGCUGUUACUCGCGCUCGUUUUGUUCGGGUCGCUUCCCACUCUAGAGUCUGAUACAUCCAUCGGUGUACGACGGUUCUCACACGUUGCGGAGGCAUACGUUUUCGAUCAACUACCGUUACGGCAGAUGUCGCAAGCUGAUAAUUCGGCGUGGGUCGAAGAUGAGCAUCUCCAGCUGUUGCAAGCAGGUCUUUUGUUCUUGGUGUUUCUAAACAACAGUAACGACAUGGUCACAAGACGGCGAAUCCGCCUCCAGCGCAUUCCAUCGCUUGUCGCUGCUGUGCGAGCUUCAGGCUUGUUUGCGCACAAACAGCGUCACAUUAUCUCUAGUCAAACCGAACAUGACUGGCAGGGCUUCAUCAACGAUGAGAUGCGAUCGAGAUUGGGCAUGUGGACCUGCCUCUUCGACAGCACGCUCUCCGUGUUCUUCAACAACACCCCACAAGUUGCCAUCUGUGAGGCGAUAGGUGAUCUCCCCUGCGAGGAGACACUGCUGUCCAUCGUCAUGACAUCCAGAAUGAACUUCCUCGCUGGUAUGAACAUAGAGCCGAUGCUUCGCGCCACCGACCGAUGGAAGGCGCUCUGGGAUGUAGUAAGCCGAGAUAGCAAAGGAAAUUGCUUGCCUGAGCUGGGGUUCGAGAAGCACGCCGCGGAGUACUGGUGGCUUACCAAGACCAUUCUGAGGGUCUCGAAGUUGGGAGGUAGGAGCUGUCGUUACAUGCAACCUGCACCUUGUGACUCGACGCAGGACUUGCAUGAUUUCGUGAGAAGGUAUAAAGAUUUCGUUGUGUAG